CAUUACCAGUUUCUCUCUCUACAAUUGUUAUUGUUGUUUAAUAUGAUCUGCAAAAUAUUGUAGCAUGAGCAUAGUUUAUUUCUUCUCUUCUCAUUCUCCCUCUGCAGUUGUUCCAUUGUUUCAUCUUCGAAAUCUAGUAUUGAGAGGAUAGUUUCUUUCUCUUCAUCUCUCUCUCUCUAUUUUUAUUUCAAUGUUCCUUUAUAGUUCACCAAAAUCUCUUGUAUGAAGAGGAUUGUUUUUUACCCCUCUUUUUCUCUCUCUUUACAGUUCCUCCAUUUCAUCUGCUAAAUCUUGUGGUUAGAGCAUAGUUUCUUUCCCUUCUCUUUGUUAUUCUACCUUUGAUUAACACAAUCUUGUAGCUGAGAGUGUGAGUAAGGAUGGCUUAUUCUACUCUUGUUUCACUUGAAAGAACCAUUGAUCAAAUCCUCAAUCAUAAUCAACUUUCCAUUUCUCCUCAUGAAAAAGAACAUAUUAUAUCUCUCGAUAAAUAUGUCAUUUCACUCCGAGCUUUUCUUGAGAAUUUUCCGGAGAAAGCCAAGAGUUUGGAAGCAAGAAUGAGGGAUGCCGCAAUGGAGGCUGAAGAUGUUAUUGAAUUGUACAUGUCAGAAAAACUCAGCUUCAAUAUUAGAUAUACUCAUUGGAUUGAAAAAAUCAUGUUCAAUAUUAGAUAUAGCCACUGGAUUGCGGAACUAAGUAGAAUCAAGUUUAUAUUCCAGUUGCGCAGAGCAAGAGAUCGAAUGGAUUCAAUCACCGGAGAGGUGGUGGAGAUCAAAAAUGGCAUCGUCAUCAAAGAUGCACAACCAGAUGAUAUCGUUGGUGCUAGUUCUUCAUCACCGCGAGUUCCAGAAGCUGGCAAAAUCAAUAUGGUUGGCUUGGAUGAAGAUUUGCUAGAAAUAAAGGCUUGGCUUUGUGGAGAUUCGCGACAGCUCCAAAUCCUCCCAAUAACCGGCAUGGGAGGUAUUGGCAAGACGACUCUCGCUAGAAACGCUUAUGAUGAUCCGUUAAUCAUGGAGCAUUUUCAUAUUCGUGCUUGGGUCACAGUAUCACAGGAUUAUAGUGAAGGAAGAAUUCUUUCAGAUCUCCUAGAUUGCUUGAAAGAAUUCGACAAAGAAUGGAAGAAUGAAGAGAUCUCUAGAAAGAGCAACAGUAAAAUGGCGGAGAAAAUCUACAAGAUCCUUGUAGAGAGAAAGUUUCUGAUUGUAAUGGAUGAUAUAUGGAGCACAAAGCUAUUGGAUGAUGUGAAGAGGUUAUUUCCCAACAACAAUAACAGGAGUCGGAUCCUGUUAACCACGAGGCUCGGAGAUGUUGCUGCUUAUGCUGACUCCUCCCGGCCUCCCCACGAGAUGAGUUUGGCGGAUGCGGAUCAAAGCUGGAAUCUACUACGAGGGAAGGUGUUCGGAUGCCAAGAUCCCGUUCCUCGUGAAUUGGAGACCACGGGAAGGGAGAUUGCAAGAAGCUGCGGAGGACUGCCCCUUGCAGUGGUGGUGGUUGCAGGACUUCUAUCCACGGUGAGUAAAACUAAAACUUCGUGGGAGGAAAUCGCCAAAAAUGUAAAAUCAGCUCUUGCCACUACAGAUGGGCAGGUGCAGAAGAUUCUAUCCUUGAGUUACAACCAUUUGCCUCAUCAUUUGAGGCCGUGUUUCUUAUACAUGGGAGGAUUUCCAGAAGACCACGAGAAUAAGGUUCUAGACCUGAUGAGGUUAUGGAUAGCUGAAGGCUUUGUGAAACCAGUUGCAUCUCAAAGCUUUGAAGACACUGCAGAAGAGUAUCUAGAAUAUCUUAUCAAGAGAAGUCUUAUUAUUGUUUCCAAGAGUAAGUCUAAUGGAAAAAUAAAAAAUUGCAGCCUUCAUGAUCUGGUACGAGACUUGUGCUUAAAGCAAUCGCAGGAAGAGAAGUUUCUCGUGCACGUUAAGGGUGGGAGAGCGCGGGAGCUCAAGAAAAGCAUGAAAGACGAGCGCAGGAUAAGUAUUUCUCAAUUUGAUGAAACUGAUUCUUUCGCUAGCAUCUUCAGCUCGACCAUCCGUACUAUAUUGUAUUUCCAAGAUGAAAUUGUCUCUUUUGGGAGUUUCAGAUUGCUCAGAGUCUUGGAUGUGUUGAGAGUGGAAUAUACGUCGUCUCGUUUGGUUCCCGCUCAAUUUUUCGAGCUAUUCCAUUUGAGGUACCUUGCUUUCUGCUGCAAUGAUCCAAUUCCAAGCGCAAUAUCAAACCUUCAAUCUCUUCAAACCUUGAUAAUCAACAACAUAUUUCAGUUCGCGGAUUUGCCACGUGAAAUUUGGAAUAUGCCGCAACUCAGGCAUCUCUGUUUCCUUCCUUCUAUUCACUUACCUUAUUAUCGAGAUGGUGCCACUUUGUCUCUACAAAAUCUUCAAACACUUGGGAAACUGAGUGAUGUCGUUUUUCUGUCUAGUUUGCUCGACAUGAUUCCCAACAUCAAGAAACUGUCUCUCUCUUAUGAUGUCCAUGUUAGAGACUUACUCUUCCAUAAUCUUGUACAUCUUGAAAAUCUGAAGCUGGAACUCACAGAUUUGAGGGAAUAUGCUUAUGUCCAUAAUCUCUCCCUUCCGAGCUCGCUGAGAAAGCUAGCCUUGACCGGUUGGGGUCGUUACAACCGUUACCUCAACAUUGUCGGCCCGUUGCCUAAUCUUGAAGUGCUUAAACUGAGACAAUUCGGAUUCGAGAAACAAGAAUGGAUCACUCGUGACCAGGACUUCUCAAAGCUGAGAUUUCUGCUGAUUGAGCAAUCAAAUCUCAAGCACUGGAACUCCGAGGGCAGCCACUUUCCGUUGCUCGAGCACCUGCUGAUUCACUCUUGCUGGAGUCUGAGUGACAUUCCAGAUGAUAUGGGAGAAAUUCAGACACUCAAGUUGAUUGAGGUUAAGAACUGUAAGAAAUCUCUGGCAGACUUUGUCAAGCUAAUACGAGAAGAGCAACAAAAUUAUGGAGAUGAUGUCUUUGAAGUUCGUUGCAUUAACUAUUAGCCAAUCAGAAAUCCGCUUUGCCCCGAUUUUUGACAGAGUAGGAAGCUCGGUGAAGUGGUAAAGUUGAGCCACCAAAAGACUUUUUCUAUCAAGAGGUCAUUGGUUAAGUUCCACCGGUAGCAUGUGGGUUGUAUUUUAUUUGGUUUGUUGGAUUAUACUUAUUUGGUUAUUUACUUGUAAUAGCAUGAUUGUCAUUUGAUUCAUUCAUCGAUGUAAUAUACAAUUUCAUGAUGUAAUAUGUAUCUUGAUUCUCAAAAACAAAAAUGUUGAAACGAGCUCUUGAAAUUAGAUUCUUGAA